AUGGCCUCCUCUCUCUCAAAGGCUGAAAAGGCCUUUGUGCAGUCUUCGCUGAGAGCAGACCCCGUCGUGCGAGCAGACGGCCGUGGCCUCCAUGAUUUUCGCGCAAUCGCCAUCGAGACCGGAGUCGUCCCAUUGGCGAACGGGAGCGUCCGCAUCAACAUCGGCACGAACAGUGAGGCAGGAGGCGGCACAGAAAUCCUGGCAGCCGCAAAAUUGGAGGUUGAGGACAUCGAAACCGGCGAAGGCGUUGAGGGCGGCCGCGUGACCUGCUCCGUCUCUUGCUCCCCAUCUGCAUACCCACACUUAUCCGCCUCCGCCAUCGACGAUCUACAGUAUGACUACACGACCUUGCUGCAGCAGAUACUCGCCCAUUCGUCCCUCCGUCCGUCCAAUCUCGGGAUUCUACACGCUAAAAAAGCAUGGCUGUUGGUCCUCGAUUUCGUCGUCCUCUCCGACUGCGGCAACGUGUAUGACGCUCUGUUCGUGGCUGCCCGCGCGGCCCUGUGGGAUACAAAGGUACCGCGGACGCGCAGCGUCGAGUAUCGUGCGGGCGGCAGGCUGCCAGGCGCGAUCGGGAGCGCGGACAUGGACGUUGACGAGGAAAAGCAGAGUGGGUUUGAUAUGAGGCAGGCUCACGCCGCUACGGACUUCGAACUGGAGGACUAUUGGGACGAGGGAGAGCCUUUGGAUGGACGAGAUGGGUGGCCUGUGUGCAUCACACUGAACCUGUUACCACCUGUGCACCUGCUAGAUGCUACAUUACAGGAAGAAGCAGCCGUACCUCAGAAACUACUCCUCGUUUACUCGUUCAUGCCCAACAGCACGCCUACACUCCAAGGCAUGCGAUUACUAGGGCCUGGGGAAGUCACCCUUGCCCAGAUCAAAUUCUUAUUGAAGGACGGAGAGAACUAUGCAUCAGGGCUGUUCACCGCUCUAAAUGCUAAACUGCACGACGAAGACGUGCGCCGCAAUGAGAAAGCGCACAUCAAAUUUGCUGCUGUGCGAUGA